CACUCUGAUCAGGGUUUUCCAGAAAUGAAUCGAAAGUUAACAAAAUAAAUAUUCGCGGAAAUAUUCUACUUUGUGUUAUUCAAUUAAAUACAGAUGGCGAUUUUUAAAAUGGAUGAAUGGAUAAUUUUGACAACGGAUGGAGAGGCGAGAUUCAAUAUUGAUAGGGAACAUAAUGUCUUGACAAUAAAUAGAAAAAGUAAUCCAUCAUAUGCAAUGAAAUUGAGUGACGCAAAAGACAUUUUCUCAUUUUUAAACAACUAUAUACCUAGGGUUCGAAAAUUGACCUAUGGUAAGAACUCUCUUAAAUAUACAGCUGCUGUUUUAUGGAAUGAUCUACCUGAUGAAUUUAGAGGAAUUGCUAAUUUCAGUCAGCUUCAAAAAUUGUUAAAGUCAUGGAAUGGAAAUGACGACUAUGGCAAAAGUUUGUUUAUAGACAACUCAGCAAACAAUAAUAGAGCCAUGAACUCCGUCAGUCUAAAGCAAGCAGUUAAUCAUGAAAUCGGUAUUAUACGACUUGAUUUUUUGAAAUACCAGAACAGCGUUCAACCAAAGUUUUAUCAUAUCACUGCAACUCUACCUGAUAAGAUCGAAAAAGGAAGAAGUGAUAAUGUCACAAUGGCAGAUGCAAAUUUAUUGGAGUUACCUAGAAAUAAACAUGCAGAUGUAAAUAACAAGGGAUCGUUAUUUCAAAAAAGAAGUAUUAAAGUACCUAUUUUAUCAGAGGAUCAACCACAGAAUUAUGUGAAUAGCAUUGCAGCUGUACUUUAUCAGAAAAUAACAGAAACCAGUACCAUUGUUAUAAUGGCAGAUGCAUAUGGAUUGAAAAUUAGUGGAAUACCACAUGUCUUUUCGAACAACAAGGAAGUAUGUAUUUCGGUAUAAGAUUCCUUUAAAUCAAGAAAACAUUCGCUUGUUGCUUUGAUAGCCUUAAGAGUCGCAUUUAGCCAGAUUAUGUCUUACCGCAGUGUAUUACCAUAACUAUUGCCUAGAAUUAUCCAAAGUAGUUUGAAGCAAGUUUAUAUUAUGUCAGCUGUAUUUGAUCCAUUAUAACGCUGGCGUUGUGAAGUUAGUUUUAAGUAGUUUUUCAGGAUUCAUACAAAUAACAGAUGAAAUAUCUUUUUUUUUCUUGUCCUUAUACAUAACAAGUGAACAAUG